CCUCACAAAGUUUGUUUUCUCCCUCCGCGCGGGUUGGGGAGGGAGAGGAGCGCGCGGAGGGGAGGAGAGGGGAUCUGACGUCAGGCCGCGAGGUGCUUUCCAGCCGCGAGCUGUCAGGCCGAGUGUCAGGCCCGGCAGGUACGCGGCGCGCUCCUCCGGCGCCCUCCGACCCCUGCCUGGACGCCCCGCACAGAGCCUGAGGCCGCGUGGACCCGAAAGCCGCUCGGAAAAGCUUGCCCAAGGUCCAGCCUAGCAGCUCCACACCAUGUCAGACAGUGACCUAGGCGAAGACGAAGGCCUCCUGUCUCUGGCAGGCAAGAGGAAGCGCAGAGGGAACCUGCCCAAGGAGUCCGUGAAGAUUCUCCGGGACUGGCUGUACUUGCAUCGCUAUAACGCCUACCCCUCAGAGCAGGAGAAGCUGAGCCUUUCUGGACAGACCAACCUGUCAGUGUUGCAGAUAUGUAACUGGUUUAUCAAUGCCCGGCGGCGGCUUCUGCCAGACAUGCUUCGGAAGGACGGCAAAGACCCUAAUCAGUUCACCAUUUCCCGCCGUGGGGGUAAAGCCUCAGAUGUGGCCCUCCCCCGUGGCAGCAGCCCCUCAAUGCUGGCUGUGUCUGUACCAGCCCCCACCAAUGUGCUGUCUCUGUCCGUGUGCUCCAUGCCACUCCACUCAGGCCAGGGGGAAAAGCCAGCAGCCCCCUUCCCACAGGGAGAGCUGGAGCCCCCCAAGCCUCUGGUGACCCCUGGUAGCACCCUCACCCUGCUGACCAGGGCUGAGGCCGGAAGCCCCACAGGUGGACUCUUCAACACGCCUCCGCCCACACCUCCAGAGCAGGACAAAGAGGACUUCAGCAGCUUCCAGCUGCUGGUGGAGGUGGCGCUACAGAGGGCUGCCGAGAUGGAGCUUCAGAAGCAGCAGGACCCAUCGCUCCCAUUACUGCACACUCCCAUCCCUUUAGUCUCUGAAAACCCCAAGUAGGCAUCUGCCAGCAGGGGUGCUCAAGGCUUGAGCCAGCUGUCCUGGGUUUCCGUUUUGGUUCCCUUCCAUACAGAGGGUUUUCUAUGGAUCACUGCCAAACAUCAGGAUCAUCUCUGUCCAGAGGUCUUCAGCGGGAAGACGCCAAUUGGUGUCACCGUACAGUGACAGGGGACCUCUCCUCUGCUAACUCUGCCAUUUCUCCAGGCCUCCCCUCAGUGGUGAUGCCAAGAGAUUGGCAACAGGCAUGGUGCUGCUGCUGCUGCUUCUCCAGAGGAUUCCUGGGACACCUUUGUUCCAGCCUAGUUUCCAGGGCUGGGCUCAGGAACCCUGCCAAGUUCAGAACUAUGCUGGGUCCAAACUGCCCUUGAGCUGUGCCUCUUUCUAUCAAGCCAGGUGUGGACAUUCCAAGCUCCUAAUCGUGAACAAAAGGAAAGAGGAGCCCAGCAGAUACAACAGAACUGACUCCAGUUGAAUGUUUAGGUUUUUGCUAAACUGUUUAUUUUUCUCUUUUUGCUGUGGUUUGCAUUAAUGGCAGUAGUUAGCCUAGGUGUGGGGAAUGAGAAUGCAUUACAUGAUGGAAUCUGAUGAACUAGGAAUGACCCAGCACUGCAAUUUGGGAGUGUUUUGGAAGGAAGGAGUGCUUUUAUUUUGGGGACCAGCUAAAUCUCUGCAGUUGUAUGUGAAAUUCCAAAUGUGGUUAUAUUGUUGGUUUGGUUUACCAAAAAGGGCAGAAAAAAGAAAAAACAAAACCUUACAGGCAUUGGCUCUUCUGCAUCAGUCACAGAAGGGGAUAAAGCCAUGGCCAAAAGUCAACAGAGUCUGACUAAACCUUCCAGGUGCAGAGCAGACAGAAAGAUGGUAAAACCAGAGAGGUAUUCGGUUUUCUUGUUUAUUUACUGUAUUUAGGGGGUGGGGAAGAGUAAGCUAGACUGAAGCAGUGGAUAUUUUUUUCUUUAAUGUUUUUCCCUUCUUUAUUCUCUACUGCUUUUACCCUGCAGCCUGAGUUUUGAAUUUCCUAAAGGAACUUGGGGAUAGUGAGGCUGGAGUAUCACAAACUCCCGCCAUCUCCAAUUUGGGGGAAGUGAGCCACCUACUGGUCAGGAAGCCUCCCAGUUCCCCAGGGCGGCAGAACUGAGCGGGAAGAAGCAGUGGGCAGUGCCGGCAGCUGCCCCAGGAACUGCCUUCCGAGGUAGUGGGGCUGGAGAUGGGUUAAAGCCUGUUUGUUGUGUCUUUGUUUCACUUUUCUUUAGCCUGGAGUUGCAGGGUGCCUACCCUGAGUUUCACCGUUGGUCUUAAGGCGUGAGCCACUGGGUGGGCGCCGCAGUUGGUCUUGUGCUCCUCCCUCACCCUCAUUUUUUUCUUUUGCUGUUUCAUUGUUGACAGUGUCAACAGCAAUACGUCCCAUCUUUAUAUAUCCUAAGAAACACUAAUCCUAGGUUAUUAUUAGCCAAAAUAUUUUUGUUCUGAAUAACAUUGUUACUGGGCCAAAAGAUAGGUCAGGAGCCCUAGCCUUUAGUUUCCUGAAAUUGCUGGGCCAGACACAGGAGGGGUUCCUGGGUGUUGACUUGAGGGGUCCGGACAGGAAGAAAGCAGCAACACACAUUUUGUCCUUUGUGUCCUGAAGCCUUCAGGGAGGCUCCCCUACUUCUGAGUGGCUUGCCCUGUCUGUUGCUGUGGGAAUGGGAAUUGAUUAGUAAGGAGAAGGAGUUGUGCUCUCUGUGAGUGAGCAAGUUUCUUGGGCUCUGCUUUGCCUUUGGCCUCUUCCUGUGUCUUCUGGUAUGCCCCAGGGGGUUCAGGGAUCCUUACCCUCCUGAGGCCCAGCUGGGGAAGAAUGAGCAUGGCAGCCUCAAGGUUAGUUGAAGCUGCUGUUUGCCCAGCCUCUUCCACCCCAACCGUAUCUGUGAGCCCAGGUCUGGCGUGCCUGCUGCCGAUACCUGUAGGAGGGACUCUGGGGGUGUACUGGGCUAGUGGGGAGGGGAUUUUUUUCCCUCCUACAGUGCAUUGAGCAGUGGAAGGGGUAAGGGAGCCAUGCUGCUGAAUUCUGGUUGGCAUCCCCCCCAGUGUAAAAUGGGGUGUCAGGGUGGGACAGACACUGCUUAGGUUUGGUUGAAAGAUAACUGGAGAAGCACAGUUGUCCCAUUGAAUUGAGGAAAAACUACUGUAAAUAACUUGUUUUUGUCUUGUCAAAUAAAGUUGUUUUUGUUCUUUUUUUAAG